AUUAAUUAAUGCAAUAGAGAGGGUAAUUUUUGACAGGAACCAGAAAUGUCAAUACUCUCAUUUAAGGAACUCAGCUUGAAUGAUGACAGCUGUCCAUCACCAACUCAACUGCAAGACUCGGACACCGAGUCUGAAGACUUGGAGUCAGACGACAACAUGAAGGUCAACAAGGAGAUGUCUGUAGCUGAAGUGUACAUGCAGGCCUGCAAGCUGGUGGGUGUGGUUCCUGUCCUUUAUUUUAUUCGAAACCUCAGCUCUCCAACUAUGACACUCACCCAURAUGGGUUAGGACCUUUAGGCUGCAAGGCACUCGCAAUAGCUUUAGUGUCUGAUAUGCACAUCAACACUCUGGAACUGGCAGACAAUCACAUUCAAGCUGAAGGAGUCAAAUAUCUGCUGGAGCUGCUGAGGGCUAAUUUCACCAUUCAGCACCUGAAUUUAUCCAAUAACCAUUUAAAAUCUGAAGGAGCUGAGCAUGUGGCUAAAAUGUUGCUGGACAACAUAUCACUAAAAUCUAUUAAACUUUCUGGAAAUGGGUUCACAGAUGAUGAUGCAAAAUAUUUUGCAGAUUCUUUGUCAGCCAAUUCCAGGAUCAAAGAACUUGACCUGAGCCAUAAUAAGUUCUGUGGAAGAGGAGGGGAGCAUUUGGGACAGCUGUUGGCAAGCAACGAUGGCCUAGAGGUGCUUGACCUCAGCUGGAACCAUCUUAGAAUGAAAGGGGCUGUGGCUUUUAGCGCUGGACUGAAGGUGAAUACAGUGGUCAAACACCUUGACUUAUCGUGGAACGGUUUCGGGAAUGAGGGAGCUUUAGCCAUGGGUGAAGCCCUAAAAUUCAACAACUCUCUGGUGCAUCUCAACCUCAACAACAACUGCAUCACCAACGAGGGCGUCAGCAUGCUGUGCAGGGGCCUUGAAUACAACGAAACACUCCGAGUCCUGCUGCUGGCUUACAAUUCCUUAACAGUAGAGGGUGCUCUGGCCCUUGUCAACAUGGUGAAGAACACACCCAAGACAGCUCUGGAGGAGAUCAACAUAUGUAAUGUGCUCGUAAAUGAGAACUUUGUGGAUCUUUUGGAAGUCACAUAUCUGGAGCAUCCUGGUCUGGAUGUACAGUACGGCGGGGUGGGGGGCUUUAUUGCUAAGAAGCCACCAAAACGAGUUGAUCCAAUGAAAAUUAUUCAGGAUUAUCUUGAUAGUCGUAAACUGCGUCUGUGGGAUUUCUUUCGGAAUAUCGACAAAGACGGCACCAUGCAAGUCCCUGUCACUGACUUCAGGAGGGCAGUUCAGCAAUCGACCAUUCCUUUGAGUGGGUUCCAGAUUGAGGAGCUGAUUCAGAGACUUGAUCGCGACAGGACAGGAAUAGUGGACUACAGGGGUCUGGCUGAUACAAGAAAGCAGAUGAUGAGAGAUCAUCGACGGCAGCUCAAAAAAGUAGAGUCUCGCCAGAGGAAAGAGAAGCAGAAAAGCGAUCGCAUACUUAAAACCUUCCAGAGCGCWGUGGAGGCCGUCACACCUCGCAGCUCCAUUAUCAUAUCCCCUGGAGGGGCCAAAGAAGAGUCCAGUGGCCUUCAACCAUUUUCUGCCACCCCUCUCAGCUCUUGGCACCACAUUGCUAUGUCACACAGUCGCUACUCUGUCACUAACCUGAGCAGUGAGCGAGUCCAUCUGCCCAUGCUGGAGAGUGCCUCGCCCUACCGUGCCACUAGUUCCCCAGCGAUGCGGUCCUACUCCCAACACAACCUGCUGGCUGACUCGCGUCACUCUGCGUCGCGCAAGAGUGUUAGCUCAGAUCCAGAGGUGAACCACAGUGAGCUGAGCCCUACUGCUAACAGCCUAACCAGGUCCAGGCCUGCUCUUCAGCCUGACAUCAAUGUUUGUGGCUCCAGCAUCAAUGCUGUUCUCCACCAGCUCUUUAACAGCUGUAGCCAAAGUCAGAACCACUUGUCCUGAGCAGAUUUGAUGCACUGAGUGUUUAUCAAUGGCUCUGAUGGCUCRAGCCGGGGCAG